AUGCGUGGAAAACUCUUCUUCGCGCUGCUUUUGCUGUUCGCCACGCUAGCCGUGGUGACCAGUCUGCCGCUUGUACAGGACGUCGACACGCUUCAGCAUGUUGCUGAGCGCGACAGUCUCGGGCUUGACGAGCUGAUGCUCGCAGGCGAGCAAGCUUCAUCGCCGGAUCUGCUCUUCAAGCGCGAUGGCGAUGCCGGGGUGGCAGCCGCGCCGCCGUCGACGAACCGCGAGCUGUCGCGGUUGCUGCGACCGGAAGCGCUGGGCGGGCCUACGCGCGACCGACUGGUCGUCAACACGAUGGACGUUCUACAUGGCCGACUCCUCGCCGUCAAGCUGCCUGGACGCGGGCUGGACGCGGGCGUGAUCAACCGCAUGAUGCAGCAGGACAAGGACUUUGUGGUCGAGGGUGCAGGCGGCAAGUGGUGGCGCUUUGUCAACCAGGGCGGGCGACAUUUCAAGCCCAUUUCCCUACCGGUGUCUGAUACGCUGCAGGGGUCGUUGCGCACUGGACCUGCACUGGCGACUCCGAGCCACGCGCUUGCCGACAGUGGACGAAGCACCAUCGGUUCGCGAUUGUGGGCGCGCGUGAGGGCGCUGUUCAACAAGCUGCCCGAGAGCGUCACGGCUGUACCCGUCAGGCGACUCGGCAAGCGCGGCUCGGAACUCAGCGAUCCACCGUCGACGGACCGCGAGAUGGCACGCUUGCUUCGACCGUCUGCGUUGGGAGCGCCUGUGCACGAUCGACUGCUGCUCAGCACCAAACCGGUUCUUGGGGGCGAUUACCUCGCGGUGCAGUUGCCGGGCAAAGGCUACGAUGCCCAGACGAUCAAUGCGAUGAUGCAGCAGGAUCGUCCCUUCUUCGUCGAGGGCAAGGACGGCAAGCUGUGGCAGUUUGUCAAUGCUGGUGACCGCACCUUUUCGCCCCGGGCAGUGUCGCAACCCGGCGUGCAUUUCUUCAAAGACUCGCCGGUGCGCAGUGGCAGUACACAUGCGGUGCCGACGUACGUGCACAAGUUCGACAGGGGCGUCAAGGGCACCCUCUCUCGCGCGUGGAGUCGCAUCCGCUCCCCAUUCAUCAAGACCAAGCUGCCCGAGGCAGUCCAAGCCGUGCCUCUGUCCAAGCUCGUCAAGCGUGCGGGUGGUGAUUCGACAAGGAUUCUUGCGCCACCUUCGACGGAUCGCGAGCUGGCACGUUUGCUGCGGGCUGAAGCACUCGCAUCGCCGACGUACGGUCAGGUAGCGGUAAGGCCAGUCGAGCUGCUCCAGGGUCAUUUUUUGGCGGUCAAGUUGCCCGGUAACGGGUGGGAUGCGCAGAUCCUCAACCACAUGAUGAAGCAGGACAAGCACUUUUUCGUCGAGGGCAAAAACGGUCGCAUCUGGCAGUUUGUCAACACGGGCAACCGCAUCUUCCGUCCAGAGGCCAUGUCGCACUCGAAGAUCCAGUUCGUGCGCGAUGCGCUUGUCGAGCCCACCGUGCGUGUGCCGAACUUUGCGUAUGCGCCCGAAUCCACAGCCAACUCGGGUCUGUUGAGUCGAUUCAGCGGAUUGUUGGGCAAGUUGCCCGAGGGCGUUGAGGCGGUACACGUGCCUCUGCGCAAGCGCGCCACACCAGAAAUCCAGCCCAAAGUGCAGUCGGUCAUCCCACCACCCUCCUCGAACUACGAGAUGGCGCAGCUGCUUCGACCAUCCGCCCUCGGCAUCGCACAGGCCAAGGUGAGCGUCAAGCCGAUCAAGUUGCGCCAGCUGGGACUUUUGGCGGUCAAGCUGCCUGGGGGCGGGUACGACAGUGCGGUGCUCAACAAGAUGAUGCAGCAAGACAAGGAUUUUCUGGUCGAGGGCAAGGACGGUAAAGUCUGGAGGUUCGUCCGUGAUGCGGAGGGGGUGUUUACGCCGCGGUACGUGUCGAGCUUGCGUGGGCUGUUCAACGGUCCAGGCAUGCAGAAGGCGACAGUGACGACGCCAAAGACCGUCCAGUAUCUGCCAGAGGUAACCCCCAUCCAGCGCGUAUGGGGCCGUGUCAAGGCCAUGUUCGGCAGACUGCCCAAGAGCGUCCAGGCCGUUCAUCUGCCAGCUUAA